GAAAAGGCGAAAAAGCCAGGCUCAACAAAAACGAGGCGCCAGGAUCUCAGGGGAAGUAGUGGAGCCUGGAGGGAGCCACGGGCGCGCGCGAGAGGCGCCCACGCUGGGCUUCGGCGCCGACGUAGGCUCGAGGACGACGCACCGUUUCUUCUACCCGGAGGCGAGCUGGUUCGCCGAGCCCCAGGAGACGAGCCCUGCGCGCAGCUCGCCGACCUCGGCGCCGAGGGCUCCUCCCUGCUGGCCGUGCUCUUCAAGCCCAAGGACCCGACAUCGACUGGUGGCACGCCAUGGUCAGCGGGGGCGCGCCGCCGAAGACAGGCUUCUGGCACCCAGUGCCCGCGAAGAUGGGCCUGCCCGCCGCGCGAGUCGCGGUGGUGUCGGUCUCGUGGCUGAACCACGCCACCGCGGGUCUGGUGUCGCUCGAGCGGUCCCUGGGCGUGGACGUGCAGAAGGAUAAGUGGCCGUCUACCGGCUUCUUCGGCAUGCUGCUGGCGAUGCAGUUGUGCCGUACGGUGGACAUCUACGGCUUCGGCCGGCGGUUGCGGAACGGCAGCCAGCUCGACCCUUCCAUGAUCAAGUACUACAUGUGAGGGCGGCCUGAGGGCGCGGGCACACCGACAGCAAGCGAGGUCCUCCUUUUCCUGCCCUCCUCCUGCACGGGGGCUGCCCCAUCCCCCCCCCUCUCCCCCACCAGGAAACCGGGGAGGGGUGGUUUGGCGCCCAGCGCCACCGCCCCGGGCCUCCGCGCGCCACAGAGGUGGUGGCCCGCCGCGCCUGGGCGCCCCGCCAGGGGGGGGGGGA